AUGGCAACUCUUCCAAUUUCUGAGGGUACAUCUACUCAAGAAUGGAGAUCACCAGACAAACCAAAAAAAAAGGUAACACCACCAAAUAGAUUACAAAUGCUAAGACCUUACUCAAAGCCGUUUCAAAGUAGUGAAACCUCAACUGAAACAGAUAUAGAUUUAUGUGGAUCAGAAGGUUCUUCGGACAAUCAGUCGAGAUUACAGAUGACAGAUACACGUAAAAAAAAAUAUAUUAAAAUAAUAAAUACACGAAGCAAGUCACUUAAGAAACUAACAUUAGACAGUCAUACUGAUGAAACUUCUUCAUCAAGCACUGACUCGAAAUUAUCACUUCAUUACACUAUGCCAGAUAAAGAGAAACAAAUUAUGCAUAGUUUGGGUGAAGAAUAUAUAAAAGAAAUACCUACUGCUUCAGAAAAAGAAUCUAGUUCACAACAAGCAACUAGUUCACAACAAGCUACUAUUUUACAACCGCCAAAACUGACAUUGAAGAAGGAAGAUAAAAAAAUGGAAGUUAAAAGUAUGAUGAAUUUAUCGUCAAGUUCAUUGCCACAAGUGUCUACUUCAUUGGAAGUUCCAAUGGAAGAAUCUUCUCUGUCUGAAGAGGUUUCACAAGAACAAUCAGAUCCCAUUAGUUCUUAUGCUGAAACAACAGAUGAUUCGGAUGAUACACAACGGCUUAAAAGGAAAAAAGUGACUACUCCAUUUGAAGUUCAAAUGGAAGAAUCUUCUUUGUCUGAAGAGGAUUUACAAGGACAAUCACAACCAUCUAGUUCUUGUGCUGCGCCAACACAUCAUUCGGAUGAUUCACAACGACCAAAAAUGAUUGGUAAAGGGAAACCUGAAAAAAUAAUAAUAGAAGAAACAAAGAAGCCUGAAAGAUCACAUACUUUAUCAGAAGUGACUAGUCCAUUAGAAGUUGGAUUGGCAGGACCUUCUUCGUCUGUUCCAAAAGAACAAUCAAAACUAGUUAGUUUUCCUGCUAAGAAAAUACAAGAAUCAGUUAGUUCAGAACGGCAAAGCAGGUCUAGGAAAAAGAAAUAUGAAGAACUAAUGGAGAUGGAUCCGGUUAGACCAAGACACCGAAGUAGGUCUAGGAAAAGGAAAUAUGCAAGAAUGUAUAUAGAAGAAAAUAGGGAUGCUAAAAGGUCACAUCUUUCGACAGAAGAGACGACUCCAUUAGAAGUUCAAAUGGAAGAAUCUUCUUUGUCUGGAGAUGUUCCAGAUAUACCAGUUACUCAUCUUGGUGAAACAAUAUAUGAUACUUCAGAUGAUUCAUCAAGUGAUACUGAUAUCUAA